AUGAACACGAUUCGCUUUCAAGAAUACGCUGCCACCAAGACCCUUCGUCGUCCUUUCAUCCGCCUUACCGACGAGCAGUGGUCCUAUGUCAAGAAAGCCCAGCGUGUCGCCGCCAGCCGAAAGCUCGAGGUGCAGGCGGACGGGCAGAAGCUGUUGGAGAACAUAGCGGAGGCGAAGCGGAGGUACGGAGAGAAGCUGACCAACAUGCAAGGGGACGGAUCUGUGGAUAGAAAUUCUCCUCCGCCUCAUUUGAAGGAGAUCGGGAGAUCGGAGUCGUUCACAGAUGUCACUCUUGGUUGUGAAGAGAUGGUUCAUUGCCCUUGA